AUGCGAUCCCUGGGCCAGAACCCUUCGGAAUCCGAGCUACAAGACAUGAUCAACGAGGUUGACGCCGACAACAAUGGAACUAUCGAUUUCCCAGAAUUCUUGACUAUGAUGGCCCGAAAAAUGAAGGAUACUGAUUCUGAGGAAGAAAUCCGAGAAGCCUUCAAAGUGUUUGAUCGUGAUAACAACGGUUUCAUCUCUGCCGCCGAGCUGCGCCACGUCAUGACCUCGAUCGGAGAGAAGUUAACUGACGACGAAGUCGAUGAGAUGAUUCGUGAAGCUGAUCAGGAUGGCGAUGGCAGAAUUGAUUGGUCAUAUUUUUACGUUGUCACCAACCUCCCCUUUUUGCUCUUUACGGUUUUGCCUUAUCGACUUACCCAUCAAUGGAUGGAUGCUGGCAACAACAUUGUUUUUAAGGACCUUGGUUAUAGUAACCAGUUAAUUACUUGUGUCUUGGCCCUUCUUUCAAUGUUCAUCCUCUAUUCUCAGUGGGACAAAGAUUGGUAA